AACGAGGCUCGCAAGCUGAAUCGCCAAGAAGUGGACGAAGAAGAUAAAAGGCUUAAAUUGCCAGCAAACUGGGAAGCCAAGAAAGCUCGGCUGGAGUGGGAGCGGAAGGUGGAGGAAAAGAAGAAGGAAUGUGCAGCGAGAGGAGAAGACUACGAGCGAGUUAAACUGCUAGAGAUCAGUGCUGAGGAUGCUGAGAGAUGGGAAAGGAAAAAGAAGAGGAAGAAUCCAGAUCUGGGAUUUUCAGAUUACGCGGCCGCUCAGCUGCGCCAGUACCAGAGGUUAACCCGGCAGAUCAAACCUGACCUGGAGCAGUAUGAGAAGCUGAAAGAGCAGUAUGGUGAAGCGCUUUAUCCCACAUCUGACAGUCUUCUCCACGGAACUCAUGUGCCAUCUAAGGAAGGGGUUGAUAGAAUGGUUGCAGAUCUUGAAAAACAAAUUGAAAAGCGUGAAAAAUACAGUCGACGACGGCCUUACAAUGAUGACGCAGACAUAGACUACAUUAACGAGAGGAAUGCCAAGUUCAAUAAGAAGGCAGAGAGGUUCUACGGGAAAUACACAGCCGAGAUUAAACAGAACUUGGAGAGAGGAACAGCUGUCUGACCUGUCACGUCAGGCAAAGCGCAUACCACAGCCCUACAUCUAUUCAUAUUUGGUAUAGAGAUUUUGCAGGCAAUUUUAAGUUCCAUCAAAAAAAUAUGUUGUAGACCUCAUUAAGUAAUUUGUAAAAUCAAUAGUAUAUUUAA